AUGCACAACAUCUCCUCCGCGACCUUCAUGGGCACGGCCCUCGUGCCGGCCGUCCUCGUCAGCGCGUGCGCCCUGCUGCUCCUGUCCUUCAACAACCGCAUCGUCGCUGUGCUCACGCGCCAGCGCGCGCUGCACCGCGAGCUGCUGGAGGGCGCCCGCAAGCACCGCGCGUCGCAGCACGGCCACAUGGUCGCGCAUGCGGGCCUCCUCAACGCCAGCUGCAGCGUCUUUGCGCCCGACACCUCGCUCGCGGCCUCGUCGCGGUCAUCCUCCCACAAGGACCUUGCCGCCAAGGAGGACCAGAUCGCCGCGGAGGAGCAGUACACGCACAGCGAGUGGGCCACGGCCAUUGAGCGGCAGAUUCGUGACCUGCGCCGCGAAGCCGGGCUCAUCCGCGCGGCCGUCUCCUGCCUGCUGGCCGCCAUCCUGCUCUUCCUCGUCAGCGGCCUUGUCCUGGCGGUGUCGACGGUCGCGCCGGACGCCGAGCCGCCCGCCCUCGUGAUCUUCCUGGCCGCCCUGCUGGCGUUCGCCACGGGCGUGCUGCUCAUGCUGAGCGAGUCGUUCCUCAUCAUACACCCCCUGGUGACGGAGGAGGCCCACCUGCGGCGCAUCAUCAGCGCGCACUCGCAGAUGUCGCUGCAGGUGGUCGCACACUGA